AUGAGUGCCGUCGGAUACACGAUUGAGCAGCAUGCGUACGAACGCGGUCUCAUCCACAACCACGACAUGAUUCACGAGGAAGUAAUGAACAUAGGCGGCAAAUUCGCCGUGGUCUUCACCAUUCUUGAUGUGGACUGUGACCAGUUGAAGGAAUUCGCUUCAACAGCUAAAGAGAUGUCAACUCUCAUUGAGCAUGCUAUAGUCAACUGCGGUGCCAAAUCAACAGUUCUAUAG